AUGAGAGAGUCUGAUGUAAGAGAAAUGUUUAGUAAAUACACAAAGAUUGAGCGUAUUGAUAUUAAAACUGGAUUUUGUUUUGUUGUUUGUGAAACAGAAGAAGAUGCAAAAAAAAUAAUCGAUUUAUCUCAAACAACUCCUUUUAUGUUCCGUGAUAAAAAAAUUAAUAUUGAACUUAGCAAACAGAAUAAUUCAAAUAAAGAAUGUUAUAUUUGUCAUCAACAAGGACAUAUUGCUCGUAAUUGUCCGAAGCAAUCAGGAAGAAGGUAUGAACGUAAUAGGCCUAGAAGAAGACGUUCAAGAAGUAGAUCACCAAAUAUUAGAAAUCGAAAUAGGUCGCCAAAUAGUAGAAGUAGGUCACCGAACAGCAGAAGUAGAUCACCAAAUAGUAGAAGUAGGUCACCAAAUAGUAGAAGUAGGUCACCAAAUAGUAGAAGUAGGUCACCAAAUAGUAGAAGCAGUUCACCAGGUAUUAGAAAUAGAAAUAGGUCACCAAAUAGUAGAAGUAGAUCACCUUCAAGAAGAAGAUAUCGUAAAAGUACUAGUUUUAAAAGAAGAUAUUCAUCAAGAAGUAGAUCAAGAAGUAAUUCUAGAAGACGUUCAUAUAGUAGGUCAAGAAGUAAUUCUAGAAGUUAUUCUCAAAGAAGUCAACAUAAUGACUAA